AAUUGAACCAUUUUUUUUUGUCUCAUCGUAUCGUACCUAUCUCUGCAUUAGUAUACCUGCAAUAUAUACUUUACUACACAUGCUACUAAAAAAAAAAUACUCAACAAAUACAGUUACAUAUAUGUAUGUCGAUCCUGGAACAACAUUCGACUUAUAUAAUACGCUGAAAACGAAUCAAUAUUUAAGUAUAUUAUUAACAUCACCAGAUGGCUUACCAAAUAGUAAUACUUUCUCGGUAUGAAAUUAAUAUAUUCCACAAAAUAACCACGUGAAUAUUUUUUUUUCUUUGGAAUUAUCAUCAAAUCAAAUCAAAUAAAAUCAAAAUAAUCAUCAUCAUGAUAUUUAAAUUUCAAUCAUUAUUUGAAUUGGACAAAUGUCAAUUCAUUAUUAAUACGAAUCAAAGUCCAUUGAUAUCACCAUUUGCAUUUGAUUUAUUGCUGCAACAAUCGAUUAAAGAUAAACAAUCUAUUCUUAUUGUUUUGUUGGCCCAAAAUCUUCAACAUUACAGUGCUGUUUCGAUGAAAUGUGGCAUAAAUCUAAAAAAUUACAUUGAUAAUGGCUUAGUAAAAGUUAUCGAUACAUUCGAUUAUGAUAUUGUCAUUGAUCCUGAUCGAUUCGUUGAAGAUAUUCAAACAAAAUUGUCCAUAAUGCCGGAAAAAUCUUUCAUAUUAAUCGAUGAUAUUCAGGUGUUCAAUUCGUUGGGGAUAUCGGCCAGAAAAACUUUUCUCAUAAUCAAACAAAUUCAAUCAAUGUUAUACAGAAAACAAGGUAAAAUUUUCAUUGGAAUGUCAAUGAUUUCAAAUGAUCGAUCCAAAUGGAAUCAAUUGGUAAAUAAUCUAAUCUUCGAAUGUGAUUAUUGGCUUGAUUGUGAUUGUCCAAAAACCGGCUAUUCACAACAUAUAAACGGAAUCGUCAGAUGUUUUAAUCGACAUGACCAAUCAACAAUGGAGCUGAAUUAUAGAAUAUCGAAUAGAAAUAUAAUUUUUACAAAAUUGUAACAUUUAUUUUUGUCAAUCUUUAUU